UGUUUGAGUUCGAAGAUUUUGAAUUUCCAGCACUAUAUUGGGACCGAAGCGAACGGAAUCCCGAAGAAGAAGACACCGUGGUACCUUUGGUAGUUAUUCUCCCACCGAAUAUGUCAGUUGAGGCUUAAGAUAGCCAGACACAGAAAUUGGACAAGGAUGAGCUGGGCAUUGGAGGAAUGGAAGGAUGGUCUUCCAGGUAAAGCUCUGCAGAAGAUCCAAGAGAUUGAGGGCCAGUUGGACAAGCUAAAGAAGGAGAGGACUCAAAAACAGUUCCAGCUUGACUCAUUGGAGGCUGCGCUACAGAAACAGAAACAAAAGGUAGACAGUGAGAAGAGUGAGGUGUCUGCCAUAAAGAGGGAGAACCAGUCCUUACUAGAGUCAUGUGAUACCCUGGAAAAGGCCCGUCAGAAACUGACCCAUGACCUGGGGGUCAAAGAGCAACAGGUCAGCUAUCUGGAGGGCCAACUCAGCACCAGCAAGAAAGCCUUAGAACGGCUGGAGCAGGAAGUCAAGAAAUAUAAGAAUGAAAAGGAGCGUUCUCAGACCUCCCACUCCUCUGAAUUACAGUCCCACAGCACACCCCAGAAGUCCUUUGCCACUCCUGCUGCUACUCCCAGCUCCAGACUGAAUGACUCCAGGCUGGAGGACCUUCAGGAGAGAUACAACCAGGAGGUGGAGGAAAGAAGGAGACUGGAGGGGGAACUCAAAAUUGCCCAGGUCAAACUGUUGAACCAGUCAUCCGUCAGUCAUAAGGACAUUGCCGCCCGGCAACAUGCAGGCUCCUCGAUAUUCCCAUGGCAACAGCAGGGUCAGGGCCGCCAGUCUCAGGGUACAUUUGAAACUCCCCUGAAAAAGCAGGAUGGGAGUGGGACAUCUUCUUGCGGAAUCCCGUGGAGCACAGAUGAGAUUCCAGUCAAACACAGGCAGCGAAUCAGCACGUCUGUGUCCCAGUUUGACUCUGACGGCUCCUCCCAGCAGCUGGAACAGCUGAGGACACUGAAUCAAGAGCUUAAGAGUAAAGUGUCUGAGCUGGAGCAGCGUCUGAAGUCACAGGAGAAAGACGCAAGGCUGCAAAGCAGCAGGCUUCAGGAGCUCCAAGGACAGCUUGACCAGACUAAGAAGGUCCUCACGGACCAAGAGAAGACCCUGGGAAAAACCAGGGAUGAUCUCAGCAAGGUUACCACUCAGCACGAACAAGCAGUCGCCAAGUCUGUUUCAGUAGAGCUGAAGUUGAAGCAGGUCUCUGAAGAGAUGUCCUGCCAGAGGCACAAUGCUGAAAGCUGCAGACGAGCUCUGGAACAAAAGGUCAAGGACCAGGAAAAGGAGAGCCAGAAGGAGCUGUCCCAACUCCAGAGCAGCCACCAAGCCCUAGAGCAGCAGUUUAACCAGACUAAGGCCAAGCUGAACCAGGAGGUACAGCAAGCCAAAAAAGACCACAACAUCCUGCAGGCUGAGAUGGACAAGGUGACAUACCAGAGAAGCCAGUUGGAGAGAGAUCUGGAGGAGCUGAAACAAAAGCUACUGAGGUCAGAACAAGGUUUGCAGGCCAGCCAAAACAAGGAGCAGGACCUCAGUAAAAAAUUUCAGGAGCUGCAGAAAGAGAAGAAUAUAGUGUGUUCUCAGCUGGACCAGGCCAGCAAGAGACUUUCUCAGCUGGAAGAGGAGAGGAAGACCUCAGAUCAGAACCUCAAAUGCACCCAGAGCACACUGGAUGACUUCAGAGCCAAAAGUGAAGCUCAGUGCGAAGAGCUGAAAGAACUUCGCACUAAACUGGAGACCCAAACCAGAUCGUCAACCCAAGAUCUAGAGAACCUGAAGAAAAUGCUUGCAGACAAAGAGGCCAAAAAUGACAUGACACGGAGUGAACUGCAAAAACAAAAACAGGAGGUGGAACAAAUGACAAACAAAAACAACAUUCUAGACAAGGAGAUUCAGGAUCUAAGAACAUCACUGACCACCACUCAGAAUGAGUGUGUUGAGCUGAAGAAAGAAUGCGAAACUCUUCAGGGAUGGAAAACUGAGAAAGAGAUGCUUAUUAACAAAACUGAGGCGGUGCAACAAGGCUUUGCCGACAGAAUCACUGAGCUGGAGAAGAGUCUAAGCUCGUUGAGCAACAGUAAUAGCGGUCUCAAGGAGCAGUUGAAGAUUUCAGAGUCAGAGAAGGUGUGCCUGUUGGGACAGAUCGACACGCUGAAGGGGGAACUCCUCAACAAGUGCACAGAGCUGGAGGAGAAGGGACAUCUGUAUGAACAGCUUCAAAAACAGCUGGACGUGUCCAACCAGAAACAUUUGAAAGACCUUGAGAACGUUGGGCUGCAGAUGAUCAAGCUGGAGGGACAGGUGAAGAACCUGGAAUCCAGGCUGCAGGUAGAGAACAGCAGGGCAGAGCAGGCCGAAAGAUCCUGCACCGAACUCCAGGAGCAGUAUCAGGCGGUCUGUGAUCUGGCGCAGUCCAAGGAUGCCUUAAUAGAGUUGAGCCAGAGCGAAGUAGCUCAGCUCAGGGAGAGUUUGGCUCAGACCAAUGACCUGCAGGAAGAACAGAUUAACUUAUUUACAAAGGAGAAAAGCGCCCUGAUUAAGGAAUGUGAGGAAAGCAUUGCAGCAAAGGCAAAUGAGGUUGAGCAGGUCAAGCUGACCCUUGUUAAGAUUCAGAAUGAGCUGACAUUCUUCCAGGACCAGGUGUCUUCGUUGGAGUCCCAACUUAAGAUCCAGAAAAUGUUAAAUGUUGAGCUAGGCACCAAGUAUGAAGACCUUGUCAAAGCUAAAGAUGAUCUUGUAGAGAAACUUUCUGAAGCAGACAAGAAAGGAGAAUGUCUUCAGGGGGAGGUCGAUAGUCUUUUAGAGCAGACAAAGUACGUUGGCUCGUUACAGGAGCGCUGUGAUAAUCUGACUGCUGCCGCACAGGAGAACAUUAAAGGUCUGCAGAACAUGGCUGAGACGCUGACCCAAACAGAGAAGGAGCUGGACACGCUGAGAGACAGAACUAAGAAACUGGAGGCUCAGGUGAGUGAAGCUGAAACAAAGGCCUCAGAUCUCGAGAAGGAAAAGUCAGAGAAAGUGGAGAAGAUACAGAGGGAAGUUGAAGAGGUUUCUGUGAGGUAUCAAAGCCUUCAGGACUCCCAGAAAGAGGAAAUAAAUGGCUUCCUUGACCAGAUUUCUACCUUGAAAGGCAGACUCACUGAAAGGGAAGCUGCUGCAGAGAUGCUCUCCGAGAGAGUCUUUAAGGAAGCUGAAAGCCAUGUUACAGAGAUGGAGACAUAUAUCCAGAAACUCAGAGGCCUUAAGGAGCAGCUGGAGAGUAAAACCCAGGAGGCGUCAGAGGCUAAGGAGAAAUGGGAGACUGCCUUGCUGGAAAUAUCCAAGCAAAAAGAAGAUAUCGCAAUAAGCAAUAACAAGCUAACAGAAGUGGUCGAUGCCAUUAAACAAAAAGACUGUAAGAUCAAGAGUCUGAAAGAGAGGCUAAACCAGGCAGAGUCUGAGCAGGUGAAAGCCACAGAGGCCCUAAAGGAGAAGGCUAUCAGCAUGAGCAAGAUCAAGGUCCAGCUGGAAAUGCUUCAGAUGGACCUGGAGGACAAUGAGGCCUACAAGGACACUUUUGACACCCAAAUUGAGGAAUUGAAUGGAACUGUAGAGGAACUCAGGGGAACCGUGUCCUCACUAGAGGGGCGACUGGAGGAGAGUGUGACACAGAGGUCCAUCUUAGAGACAGAAUUGGUUUCUUUAAAUUUGCUGUUGUCAGAAAAGACCUGUGAAAUUACCCAGCUUAAGGCAAGCCUUGAGGAUGUUCAACAGCAGAAGCAGGCAGCUGCCACUUCCACAGCUAUUUUAGUGGAUUCUCUCCAGGCCACUGUAAGUGAGCUGAGGGAGACUCUAAAGGAGGAAGUAAGCAAAUACACUGUAGGGAAGGAACAGUUGACCGUGGAGAAGGAACAGUUGACUGUGGAAAAGGAACAGCUUACUCUAAAGAAUGAGCAGCUGACCAUGGAAAAGGAACAACUUACUGUAGAAAAGGAACAGGUUACUCUGGAGAUGGAGCAAUUAACUUUGGAUAAAGAACAGCUCACUCUGGUGAAAGAGAAGUUGAAUGUGGAGAAGGAACACCUGACCAUGGAGAAACAACAGCUUACUGUGGAAAUGGAAAAAUUUACUUUGGAGAAGGAACAGUUGACCAUGGAAAAUAAACUGUUGACUGUGGAGAAGCGAGAGGUGACUGAGGAGAAGCUACAGCUUACUGUGGAAAAGGAACAGCUGAUUGUAGAAAAGGAACAGUUGACUGUAGAAAAUGAACGGCUUACUGUAGAAAAGGAACAGGUUACUCUGGAGAUGGAGCAAUUAACUUUGGAUAAAGAACAGCUCACUCUGGUGAAGGAGAAGUUGAAUGUGGAGAAGGAACACCUGACCAUGGAGAAACAACAGCUUACUGUGGAAAUGGAAAAAUUCACUUUGGAGAAGGAACAGUUGACCAUGGAAAAUAAACUGUUGACUGAGGAGAAGCUACAGCUUACAGUGGAAAAGGAACAGCUGAUUGUAGAAAAGGAACAGAUGACUGUGGAAAAGGAACAGCUGAUUGUAGAAAAGGAACAGGUUACUCUGGAGAUGGAGCAAUUAACUUUGGAUGAAGAACAGCUCACUCUGGCGAAGGAGAAGUUGAAUGCGGAGAAGGAACACCUGACCAUGGAGAAACAACAGCUUACUGUGGAAAUGGAACAAUUAUCUUUGGAGAAGGAACAGUUGACCAUGGAAAAUAAACUGUUGACUGUGGAGAAGCGAGAGGUGACUGAGGAGAAGCUACAGCUUACUGUGGAAAAGGAACAGCUGAUUGUAGAAAAGGAACAGCUGACUGUGGAAAAGGAACAGCUAACUUUGGAGAACAUGCAACUCGUGGCUGACUUAAAGAGGCAUGGGCUGAAUGCUGGUGAUGAGAUAGACGCCAUCAAACAGGAGAAUGAGCACCUUCAGUGCACGCUACAGAGCUUGACUGGGGAAAAAGAACACCUUGCUGUGGAAAAGGAACAGCUGGUUGUGGAAAAGGAACAGCUGACUGUGGAAAAGGAACAGCUGACUGUGGAAAAGGAACAGCUGACUGUGGAAAAGGAACAGCUAACUUUGGAGAACAUGCAACUUGUGGCUGACUUAAAGAGGCAUGGGCUGAAUGCUGGUGAUGAGAAAGACGCCAUCAAACAGGAGAAUGAGCACCUUCAGUGCACGCUACAGAGCUUGACUGGGGAAAAAGAACACCUUGCUGUGGAAAAGGAACAGCUGGUUGUGGAAAAGGAACAGCUGGUUGUGGAAAAGGAACAGCUGGUUGUGGAAAAGGAACAGCUAACUUUGGAGAACAUGCAACUUGUGGCUGACUUAAAGAGGCAUGUUCUGAAUGCUGGUAAUGAGAUAGACGCCAUCAAACAGGAGAAUGAGCACCUUCAGUGCACGCUACAGAGCUUGACUGGGGAAAAAGAACACCUUGCUGUGGAAAAGGAACAGCUGGUUGUGGAAAAGGAACAGCUGACUGUGGAAAAGGAACAGCUGACUGUGGAAAAGGAACAGCUGACUAUGGAAAAGGAACAGCUAACUUUGGAGAACAUGCAACUUGUGGCUGACUUAAAGAGGCAUGGGCUGAAUGCUGGUGAUGAGAAAGACGCCAUCAAACAGGAGAAUGAGCACCUUCAGUGCACGCUACAGAGCUUGACUGGGGAAAAAGAACACCUUGCUGUGGAAAAGGAACAGCUGGUUGUGGAAAAGGAACAGCUGGUUGUGGAAAAGGAACAGCUGGUUGUGGAAAAGGAACAGCUAACUUUGGAGAACAUGCAACUUGUGGCUGACUUAAAGAGGCAUGUUCUGAAUGCUGGUGAUGAGAAAGAUGCCAUCAAACAGGAGAAUGAGCACCUUCAGUGCACACUACAGAGCUUGACUGGGGGAAAAGAACUCCUUGCUGUGGAAAAGGAACAGCUGACUGUGGAAAAGGAACAGCUAGUUUUGGAAAAGGAACAGCUGGUUGUGGAAAAGGAACAGCUAGUUUUGGAAAAGGAACAGCUAACUUUGGAGAACAUGCAACUCGUGGCUGACUUAAAGAGGCAUGGGCUGAAUGCUGGUGAUGAGAAAGACACCAUCAAACAGGAGAUUGAGCACCUUCAGUACACGUUACAGAGCUUGACUGGGGAAAAGGAACAGCUGACUGUGGAAAAGGAACAGCUAACUUUGGAGAAGAUGCAACUCAUGGCUGACUUAAAGAGGCAUAGUCUGAAAACUGGUGAUGAGAAAGAUGCCAUCAAACAGGAGAAUGAGCACCUUCAGUGCACGUUACAGAGCUUGUCAGAGGACUACAAAGCAGUUCAGGCUGCAUUUGAGUUAGCAACACGGCGGAGCGAGGAGCAGGCAGAGAGGCAGAGAGGAGAGAGAAAUGUAGAGUUUGAGAGUGAACAAGCGGAGCUCCACCAGAGACUAAGCGGACUUCAGGUUGAACUGGCCCUAUUCAAGGUGCAGAAUGACAGCCUGAUAAUACAGGUGAACCAGCAGCAGUCCCUCAUAGAAGAGAUGCGGGCUGAGAGAGACCAGGUCUGUAGAGGAGCGGAGGAAAGACCGACUUCCAGACAGGAAUCAGGCUCCUUGCAACACAUCUUACCCCUGGAAGACAAGACUAAGGAAAUUAAAUCCAUAGCAGUGGAGUCAACAGAUGACCUCAAAAACUCUAAGAUUCCUCUACAGCCAGUAAUAAACAGCAAUGAUGAGCCAGCUGAGGAUUUGAACAACUCCAUGGAGGAAACACCUGUAAAGCAGCAGCAAGUGCUCACUGAAAGCCUAGAUAAUGAGGAUUUGGCCACCUAUAGAGAACAUCAAGCAGUCACGUCUCCCUUGGCCAAAGACCACAAUCAGUUGGCGUCAGAGCUGGGUCAAAGCAGGGAGGUUGUCAGAAAUCUAGAAGAAGGGCCACAGUCUCUCCAAUCCCAACUUGAACUUGCUACCUCCGAGAAAACCCUCAAGAAAGAGCUUUGUGCUGAGCUGGAGGUCAAAGUUCAAGGUUUAGGGGUGAAAGUUCACCAGAUGGAGGAGGAGCGGUGUGUUGCAGUGGAGAAGCUAAGGGCUGCCCUUGUGGAAAGACAGACAUUAGGUGACCAGAUCUCAGAGCUCAGAGAAGAGGCAGAGUCCCUGAGACUAGAGCUGCAGACUUCAAAAUGUCGACACUCUGAUGUCAUGGAGAUGCUGCAAACACUGGAAAUUGCCAAAGGGGGCUGGGAUGAGCGGUUCUUCCAGGUGGAGAGUGAGCUAAAGAGAGUUCGUUCUGAGAAGGCCAAUCUUGAGAGACACAUACUUUCCAUGGAGGUUGACCUGGAGGACCUGACAGAACACAAACACAGGCUGGAGGGAGAAGUGGAAGCUAGCCGCCGGGCUAACACAAACCUGGACCAGCAGCUGUCUGGCCUUACCACCGAGAUCGGACAACUCAGGCAGGAGCUAGCGUCCUGUACCGAGGAUCGGGAUGAGCUGGAACAGUCUGUGUCACAGUGGAGGGAUAAGGCAGAGAGUCUGGAGAAGACCAACAUGGAUAGCAGAGAGGUUAUUAAGAUUUUAGAGGAAGAUAUCAGAAAUGGGAAGAGGGAAUACAAUAAGGCAGCUGCUAACCUGGAGAGUCUUCAGAAGGAGAAAGGUCAGCUGCUGCUGCUGUGUCAAGCACUAGAGGACAAAGUUGCUUCACAGACUGUGGAGAAGGAAGACCUGAUGAACCAAUUAAACAGUGUUAAAGACAACCAGAGCUCUGACAGCAGAAAUACUGAGUCCAUGGUCUCCAAGAUACAGUCUCUUGAAGGGGAGGUCUCGCUACUAGCACAGUCUCUAGAGUCUUCUCUGCUUGAGAAAGGAGAAAUUGCCUCACGCCUCAACUCUACCCAGGAGGAGGUGGCACAGAUGAGGUCUGGCAUUGAGAAGCUCCAGGUUCGCAUCGAGUCCGACGAGAGGAAGAAGAAACACAUGAGUGAACUGCUGAAGGCGGCCCAAAGGAAGGCUGAUGCUCUCCAGGACCAGAUCGACAAACAGGAGAGAGAGCGGGAGGAGGCAGACCAAAACCUAGAGGAGGCUGUGCUUAGGGCCGAGGAGGCGAAGGCCGAACUAGAAGACUUAGAGGAAGAGAAGAAGGAACUCACCAAGAAGAUCACGGAGAUGACCACCACGCUGAAUGACAUGAGAGAGGAGAAGGAGAGGCUAGAGGCAGGGCUCGCCCUGAAGAACAAAGAGAUCGAGGAGAUAAAGGCAGCCAACGCUGCUGCCACUGAAGAGCUGGAGGGUAGAAUGAGGGAGGCGGAGGAGACACUGAGGGCUGCGAUGGAGGAGUUACAGGCCCAGCUUGACACAGUGAGCACAGAGUUGCAUACAUGCAAAGAAGAACUAGAGAAAGAGAAGAAGAGAACUCAGUCUUUAGCUGAGGAGAGGGAGAGGCUGGAGAAAGAGGUGGAGAGGCUGCAGACUUCAGAGGAAGAGUGGGAGAAAGAGAGAGAAACACUGGCUGGGAGACUUAUGACCCUGGAAACACAGCAGAGAGACCUGGAGAAUGUCCGGCAGAACAACAUCACACUGAAGCAGGAGGUUGAGAAACUGCAGGCACUGCGGUCGGAAUGGGAGCGGAAAGAACAGGUCCAGUCUGCUGAGAGGCAUGAACUACAGGAACAGGCAGAACGCUACAAGCUUUCCCUGAGGGAGAAGGCACAGCUUGAGCUGGAGGUGGCAGCCUUGAGGAGUGAGCUGAACUCGGAUCAGGAGGUGCUGACGGCACAUCAUGAGGAGGUGGCAGCUCUAAGGAGUGAACUGACCUUGGAGAAGGAGGUGCUGAUGGCACAGCAUGAGGAGGAGGUGGCAGCUUUGAGGAGAGAGCUGACCUCAGGGAAGGAGGUGCUGACAGCGCAGCAUGAGGAGGAGGUGGCCGCUCUAAAGAGUGAACUGACUUCAGAGAAGGAGGUGCUGAUGGCACAGCAUAAGGAAGAGGUGGCAGCACUGAGGAGUGAGCUCACCUCUGAGAAGGAGGUGACAGCACAGCUUAAGCAUGAGCUGGCUUCCAAAGAGGAGACCUUUAGGAGUCAAUUGGCAAGAGCAGAUGAAAAGAUUAGAGGUCAGCAGUCAGAGUUAAGCAGCCUGAGAACCACAGCAGAGGAGUUCAGCACAAAGCAAGACAACAACAAACAGCUAUCGGAGUUGAGUUCCAGGGUGACCCGUCUGACUAAGGAGAAAGAUUCAGUCCUCAGCAAGAUGCACUUGUGGAUGAACACCUGUAAACAGCUGGAGAAGGAGAGAGAUGCUCUAGUACUGAAAACCGAACAACCACAGACCAGCCAGGCAACAGCUGAUAAAGGGAGCAGUGAUAUAGUGAACGAAAGUAACAUUAAGGAGGCGCAGACAGAAGUCGAGGAGCUGAAGAAAACUCUUAAAGAGAAGAGUAUGGAAGUGCAGGAGCUCGGCAAGACUCUGGCAGAGAGGAGCAUGGAGUUGGAGGCGCAGAAAAAGAGAAACGACGAGUCCCAGGCUGAACUGGAGGAGCUGGCCGAAGCCUUGGAACAGAGGAGCAUGGAGGCGGAUGAGAGUAUGCAUAAAUACUGCAGCCUGAUGGUCCGUGUCCACAAGUUGGAGGAGACCAACGACACACUGAAAACACGCCUGGAGAGUCUUGUCACACAGUCCGCCAACACCACUGAUAGCCACGCUGCUAACAACGCAACCGUUGAUGCUAACAACAAAACACCCCGGCGCAGGUCGGCCAGGAGGUCGGCCCCUAGGGCACAGGAAGCAGUCAUCACAACGGCUCCCACAUCCGACUCUGAGAACUACGGGCCUGCUGGUCGGGGUCCGGUGUCGUUGGGGAAGAGGGGCGGCGCUGCGGUAGCAGCUUCUGACAACAGCAACACACCAUUUAAAGCCCAAGAGGCCCUGCUGAAUGCUGCCAAGAGGAUCAGAGCCACAGCGACCACGCCCAAACCUGCAAAAACAAAGGAAGAGGAGGAGUUUCGGCCGGAGGGACUUCCUGAGCUAGUGCAGAGAGGUUUCGCUGAUAUCCCUCUAGGGGAGGCCAGUCCUUUCAUCAUGAGGAGAACGACAGCUCAGCGUCGUAGCCCUCGUCUGGCCGCCACCACCCUGUCUGCAACCCCCCAAAAGCAGGUACUAGAGCCCCUAUCCCUCCGUAGCCCCGCCAUUAUGUCGCCCCUGACCAACAGUCCUGCUGAGCGAGGCCUAUGUGUAAGUACAUCCCCCAGCACAGAGGAGAGGCGUGGCCGUCGCUCACUGAGCACGCGGAAAACACAGGAACAAAGAGAGAAACGACGAGAGGCCAUGCAAACAUCGUCGCAGAAAGAGGAGAACUGCCAAGUGCAGUAACAUGUCUGAUACCAGUAACACUGCAAAGCCAAUACGCUGUGGUAAAACUGGUGGCUGAAGUGGAAAACUAUCCCUGUUUCCUUGUUGAAGGACACAGAAUGUAUAUAAUGUAGGUCCUGAUUCUAUACCAUGCUGUAGAUAUUUAGUGUUUUGUUCUUAAUGUUCCAUGUCAUAAGGGCCUUCUGAAACUUAGAGAAGAUUUCCCAAACCCAAGUCCGGGCAUAAAGCUUCUCUUGUAUCUGAGAAAACAGGCCAUUAUGUGCUAUAAGAAUCACUUAUUUACUUAUUUCUGUAUUAACUUUGUAUUAUGUAUAUUUUUUUGUACAUAACUAGUGAUGUCACUCAUCUCUGCAGCUCAUUUGGUGGGUAAAGACAAUUACUUUUUUUACUAAACAUUCUGAUUAAAACUUCAACUUAGUGGUAUUUUUUCAGUCAUGUUCAGUGUACAUUGGAUUUUUAUUCUAUUUUGUACUGUCUGCAGAUUCUCAAUUGGCUGCAUUCAGUCAAGCACUCAAUUUAAACAAACACACAACUCGGCUUACUUGCUCACUCAGUGCAAAGGACAUCCGUUGGUUGGCUCCAGAACGUGUGAAAGGAAACCUGCCUUUUUAAACCAUAAGAAGAGAAAUCACAUUGAGAGAAAGCAUGGAUAAAAAAGACUAUGCAUUGUUGAUUGGGGGAAGAAAAUAUUUGUACUGCGAAGUGAUGGGUUUGUAUGUUAGUGUAUAGGUGUGUGAAUGCUGAGUUCACUGAUUUUGAUUCCACAAUAACAUCCCUCUCCAGCAGCAAGAGUCUCAUACUAGAUUUAAGAGUCUUUCAUAUAGUGGAUUUAACCCAGCACCUGAUGUUUUACUUACACAUUUUGAAAUGGACCAUAUCCACAUUUUCUGUAAAUACCUAGAAAGCCAAGAGCUCAAAUGCAUUGCCUCUUCAACAACUAUGCUUUUAUAUGUAAUUCCAUUGUCCUUCAAUAGUUGCUGAAUCUCCUCUAUAUCCACUACUGCACAGCUCCAAUGUCUGCAUUUGUGUGUAGUUUCUCUCAGGCAGAGUUGUAAAUCACUGACUUCAUGAAUCUUUGCAUGAAGCCAUUCCCCGAGGGCUAGAGCAGGCUCAACCAGUGAAAAGAAUAAAGCUGAUGUGGUUUAAUCACC